AUUUUUUAUAUUAAAUAUGUUAGAAAAAAGGCGGCAUCGAUACGUGAUCAUGAUGUAAAUAUUGUGCAAUGUACAUGUAAAUAAUUAUAUAUAUAGACUACGCAUAGUUGUGAUUCAGCCCAUAAUAUAAUUAUAUACAUAUUUUUUUUGCAGUCGCAUCGGAUUGUUGACGGUAGUAUUUAUUUUUCUUACAGUAAGAUUGCCUGCUCUAUUUACAGUGUAUCCACUAUCCAGAAGGGAUUUAUUCGGUAGGUGUCGUGUCGAGUCUUUCUGGAAAGCCCCUUUCACCUUUACAAUAUACAAUACAAUAACUUUCAAUAAGCACGUGUCAGAGAUUGACAACAGCACAAUGGCUAUUGACCAAGUGCUUAUGCAUAUCAACACGCAGAAACCCUCAGGCAGACCACGUAGUCCUAAACAUAAUUCUACUUGCAGUAUCUCUUUCGAUGUCAUAUCCGUUCUCGAUGCAUCGUGCAUAGUUGAGCUAGACCCAAUGGCGCACACUCCUCCCCACACGCCUAGUGAAACAAACAUAAGGGUCUCAUUCAGCACGCUUGUAGAUGAAAAACAUACGUUUGGACGCGAAGAAUACGACCGAUCAGCUGUAGCAUCCGUUUCGAGUUACUUCCAACUUAUGUCGGCGCACAGAGAAGUACAGAACUUCAAAAACUUCGAGAUGGCGUUGGGGAGUGAAAAGUGCAACUGCGAAGCAAAACAAUUGCGAAAACCGUUGAAACGCACACGUUUAACAGAUGGCCGUCAACAUAUUGACUUCUUUGGCGCUACCUCGUAUACGUUUUGUUUGGGUCCUGUAGAGUGCAAAUUUGCGAAGGCUAAAUGUGAGUGUGAAAACUCUGCUAAAGAGGAAGAUAAGAAUAUCCCUCAUGUACCCUUGACAAUGGGAUACUCCAGUACCACGGAUUUGACUGUGAUGAGGGAUAGUUUCAGGCAAAGGAGAUGCAGCCGCAUAGAGAGUGACGAGGGGUUGUCUAUUCAUACUGGGUUACACACGAGUUGCUCCAGUCGGAGUGAAUGCUAGUGGAUAUAGAAGGGUAUUGCACCGACGUAGCGAUUAAACAAUUGUAUUGGUAUCCAGAGUUAGAUGUGCAAAUAGUAAAGAAUCAAUUGUAAUGGUAAUUGGAAAAGUCACGCGAGUAUUAGUUAAACAACUAUUGGUAUUUAAAUUGUUUGGUGUUUAUACAUUGUGUGCAAGUGAUUCUAGAUAUAUGUAUUGGAGUGAUAUCAAAUGUCAGGGCCAACAAAUGAUAGUUUUUAAAAAAGGGUUCGGUUUGUGCAAGGAACUAAUGAUAAAACAUUCGUACACGCUUAAUAAUUGAAAUACCAAUACAAAUGUUUAUCAGUACGUAUUGUAUUUCAGAUCAUUUGCUAGGAACCACUUUAAUACACAAAGCACAUACGCCAGAUAAUCAUCAAGCGUAUGUGCUUUGCGUGAAUUACUUUCAAGUGAACGUGUUGAAAUACAAUACCGACGGUGGCACACGUUAUGCUCGAGAGAGUAUGUGACCAUAAUGUGCACAAAUGAUUCUUAUUUCUCUUCGGAAUGACUCUGCGAUAUAUGUAGUACUAGAACGACCUGUUGUAUUUGUUUGAUGUCGGCUAACUAAUUAUUGAAGAUCUUCAACUGUGGUAUCACGGGUUACGCUUCUCUUAAUAUUACUAUAAAAACUUGUACUAUAAAAUAUCGCCUAAUAAUCGACCUCCAAUUCUAUAGGACAAUCUCCCUGUUUGGUC